GCAGGCGGGCGGCGGGCAGCGGCGCGGCGCCUGACCGCAGGGCUCCGCUCCGCUCCCGAGGAUGCUGCGGGGCGAUGCCCGGCGACAGGGAGGACGAGAUCUGCCAGAAAGCGCUGCAGCUGCUGGCCGAGCUGUGCUCCGUCGGGGCGGUGGAGAACGAGAACUGCCGCGAUUUCAUCUACUACCUGCGGGACAGAGCCCGGCCCCGCCUCAGCGACUCAGACAUCUCCAUAAGCCUGCUGUCCCUGGUUGUCACCGCCUGCGGCCUGGCUCUGUUCGGCGUGUCCCUGUUCGUGUCCUGGAAGCUGUGCUGGAUCCCGUGGCGGGAGCGGGGAUUGCCCUUCGGGAACAAGGACAGCAAGCAGGAGCCGCUGCACUACGCGGGUGCGGAGGCCAAUGAGCGCGACUACAGCGAGGAGUACCUGGGGCAGCCCGCCGCCUUCCCCGAGGCCUCCAUGAAGAUCAGCCACACCUCCCCGGACCUGCCGCUGGACACCCAGGCGGGGGACAAGGAGAACUGCGUGCCCAACGUGCGCAUGCAGCGCCAGACCACCGAGCCCACCUCGUCUGCACGGCACAACUCUCUCCGGAGGCAGCUCAACCUGUCCAACCCUGACUUCAACAUCCAGCAGGUGCAGAAGCAGGAGCAGCUGACAGGCAUCGGCCGCAUCAAGCCCGAGCUGUACAAGCAGAGAUCCCUGGACACGGAUGACGGCCGCAGGAGCAACAGCAAGGCCUGUGGAAAACUCAACUUCAUCCUCAAGUAUGACUGUGAUCUGGAGCAGCUGAUAGUGAAGAUCCACAAGGCCGUCAACCUGCCCGCCAAGGACUUCUCUGGAACUUCAGAUCCCUACGUGAAGAUCUAUCUGCUCCCCGACAGGAAAACAAAGCACCAGACUAAAGUGCACAGAAAGACCCUAAAUCCAGUGUUUGAUGAAGUUUUUUUAUUUACUGUGCCCUACAAUGAUCUCAGCACAAGGAAACUCCAUUUCUCUGUGUAUGACUUUGACAGAUUCUCCAGGCACGACUUGAUUGGCCAAGUGGUAGUGGAUAAUUUUUUAGAUUUGGCAGAUUUUCCCAGGGAAUGUAAUAUUUGGAAGGAUAUUGAAUAUGUCACCAAUGAUAACGUGGAUCUUGGUGACCUUAUGUUUUCGCUCUGCUACCUUCCAACAGCUGGUAGACUAACUAUUACAAUAAUAAAGGCAAGAAAUCUAAAGGCAAUGGAUAUCACAGGAGCAUCAGAUCCCUACGUGAAGGUUUCUUUAAUGUGUGAAGGAAGGCGGCUAAAGAAAAGGAAAACUUCCACCAAGAGGAACACCCUAAAUCCCGUUUACAAUGAAGCCAUAGUCUUUGACGUCCCUCCAGAAAACAUUGACCAAAUUAACUUGUCGAUAGCUGUUAUGGAUUAUGACCGUGUAGGUCACAAUGAGGUCAUUGGAGUUUGUCAAGUAGGCAACGACGCAGAGAGUCUAGGUCGCGACCACUGGAACGAAAUGCUCUCGUACCCUCGGAAGCCCAUCGCUCACUGGCAUCCUCUUGUGGAGGAAUCAAGUGGGGGAGGGUGUCCAGCGCAUCCAGGCUGUGCAGAGAAAUAUAUACACAGCAUAUCAUUUUGGUUCCUGAAUCAGGAUUAGACUCAGCGAGAGCUUCUGGAACCUCUGUGGCCACAGCCGUAGGACCCUGAAUAUUUGCUGAAUAGGACCCUCAGUCUUCUACUGUGUGAAGAGCUAUUGGUUUCAAAUAGCGUGAUGUUAUCCACUUGUAGCAUUAAUUUUCCAGCUGACACUACUGCUACUGAUAGAUUAUUUGUAUGGUCGUAAGCAUUACCCAAAUUGGAGUCAUCAUUUCUGUUCAGUAGAAUAACUCAGGUUUACAAGCAAAAUGAUAGCAAUGUAAACCAACAAAUAUGGGAAGCAGCAACAGAUAUUGUCCUUGUACUUGCAAAAAAGGUGCAGUAUUGUGAAUGAUUAGCUUUCUUAGUAUUUUUUUUUCAAGAAUGAUUGCCAUCAGAUACUUAUUUUUUGAUGACAAGUUGCGUCCUCAGUCUCAGCUGGUGCCUCCUUUCACCUGACGUGAAAACAAAUUAAUAUGGUUCCUUGCAGAAAUCCUUCAAAUCUGAAAAACUGUAAAAAAAGUUCUGCUGGGUGAGAACAAGAUGCAUAUGGUAUUUGUAAUGACAGCAUGUUCUUUGAGGGAGGAGAUAACCAUCUGUAUAACAUGGAGGUUGUUAGUCCUCAACCUUUGUGGAUGAUUUUCCAGUCAACGUUUCUGAGUCGUGUCCACGGCACUGCAGACUGUUGGAAGUGUGUCCCAGGUGGCAAUGCUGGAUCAUACAAACACACACACACACACCCCCAUGUCGUCUGAAAAUGCUGUUCCAAAUAUAUAGUGCCUGUGAAGACUUCCUUUAUUAUUUGUGGUAGAGUUAGCAGGGCUGUUUUACAUGAUGGUAUAUUGUAAAUUCUGACAAAUUCUGACCAUUAAAAGAAAAUGAAUCAAAGCACUGCAUUUUGUCACGUAAUGAAAUUUGUACCCCAAAGCAGGAGACCCUGGAAUAAAUUUUUCACCACUCAUUCAGCCAUGCAUGGAGUUCUCUCAUCCUCCAGUGUCUUCUGCAGAGAACUUGACUCACAUCUUUACAUGGGAAUUUUUUUGUUUAAAAGAUGCAAAUGCAAAAUAUGGAUGUUUUAUACAAUACAGCUGUCUGCUGUGUACUUACAGAGAGGGAGCACUGGUCAUUAGAUAGAGUUCAGAUAAUUUUAUGUGCACACACAUUGCUUCACAUCUUGUAUGUGAUCAGUGUUCACCAAGCAUUUUGGACCUGCACCUCUGCUGACACAAAUAUGCAUGCACAGAUUUGAAGAAAUAUGUAACAUUUUGGCCUCAAGUCUAAAAAAUUAGUUUUAUAACCUAUCUAUGAGGAUCUUUCACAAAAUCAGAAUUACUUGUGGGUAAAGAAUAUCUUGGAACUUGCAGGAGAUCUUGGAUCUGCUGUAAAUGUAUGCUGCAGGUAUAAAUCAGCCAACAGCUCAAAGGGACAUCAGCUGAAAAGUGGUAUUAUUAUAAUUGCCAGUGGGUUGCAGUUCUUCUGUUUUAUUACAAUGCUCAGUUUAUUUAAUGUAUCAAAAGAAUUAUUUUGAACAGAGUUCUUCUAAAACACGGAAAGAUGUCUCUGUGACCAUGAGCAUUUCAAGUGGAAUCCAGCAGACUUCAAAGGCUUAGAGAUGAGGAAAACCCCCUAAAUUUAUUGAAUUCUCCUAAUUUUUGCUCAUGACUUGCAAACUGUUACUCAGGCUGUGGCAUUACUAUGUGCUUUUUACAGAUACCUGCCUUAUCAUAGUAGUGCAUCUAUGGAGUGAUAGAGAUUUUAUAUAUUUGGAUACUUCACUCUUCACCUUUAAACUCAACCAGUGAUAUUCCCUAGACCCUAAAUAAUUUUCUGUUAUGGUUCUGGUUGGCCAGUAGACUGCUGCUAUCUUUGGGCUGUAUUACAAUAAUACCACAGCCUGGAAGGACUGGAUAAUUCUGCUACAAACUCAACUGGAAACCCAGGGAAAGCUAUGGUCCCAAUGCUGCUCAGUCUUUCUUCUCUGAGCUGUGAUUCUCAGUGGUAAUCACCAGUAGGCUCACAAGAAUGGUUUCAAAGCUGAAACCCUCAUUUAUUUUCUUAUUUGCUGUGAAUGCAUUAUUACACUGUGUGACAAGUGUCGUAACUCUAAAAUAGAAAAGAGAAUCGCUUAGAAAUGCAUCUCAGCAAGAUUUUAAUCCCAUUUUGCUUUUUAACAACCUGCUAUUAAAUUGUUACCUCUAGUUUUCCAUAAGAAGCCUCCGUGUCAGGUGCUGUUCUGUGACAAAGCAGUGAGUGGCAAUGGGAAAACCUUCAGAGUUACUAACAGUGAGGCCGAGCCCCAUGAACAGUGCCCUGAUAUUCCCAUGACAAAACACUCACAGCACAACUCCUCUGCAGCUGAGUGCACACAUAUCUCUUUAUCUGCUUCCACUGAAAUCACAAGACAUUAAAAGCAUUGCUGUUUUCUUCGUUUUGCUUUUCCCUGCAAAAAGCCCUGGCGGUGGAUAAGCAAACAUUCAUCUCAGUCUGGGGAAGCAGGGACAACCAGAACAGAAAAACAAUAUGUAGCAUAAAAAGCCCAGUGUUAAAAUUGUUCUCACCAGCCAUUGCAUGGCUCAGUUUUCCAUGCCAGCAGAUCCAUAAAACACAAAAGCAGCACAUGUGAGACAGUUGUUACAUUGAGGUACAAUUCAAUUGCUCAUAGGGGAACUCCUGGAUCAAUACAAAAUGAAACAACAGCAAAGGACAAUGCAAAAGAAUGAAAAAAAUGUCCACCCUUCUUGGCUUGAGGGGAUGGUUGCUGAGGGGGCUUUUGGGUUGUUUUUAUUCUUUGGUUUGGUUUGAUUUGGUUUAGUUUGGUUUCGUUCACGUGUUUUAAACACCAAGCAUGGUAUGUAGCUAUAUUAACAUGAGCACCCAAAGGCAGGGACACAAGAGAUAUAUUGAUUUACAUGCUUAUCACCUAGCAACAUUCCAGCACUGAGGGGAUGUGUCUGCAACUGAAAUAAAAAAUAGCUGAAAACUCGUUUGGUUUAAAAGUAACAAACAAUAAACGGGGACCAGGAAAUUCAGUUGAAAAAUCUGUUUGACCCAGCUAGAAAUCCAUCAGAAAUGACUUUGUUGUUAAUACAUUUUGUUUGAACAGAAGGAAGUGAUAAAAGUCGAUCAGGUGACUCCAUCUGAAGUGUCAUUGAUGAAAUGCUUUUUUCCCCUUAGAACAGUGCAUUGCCAAACGAUUGCAUCUCAGUAUCAAGAGAGAAAACAAUGGAUCUCUUAUCUAGUAGGGGGGGGAAAAAAUCAUAUAGUGAAAGUAAUCCACAACACUGUAGAAUUUAACAGGAGCCCCCUGUGCUGCAGAAAAGGGCAGCAGGACAGACUUGGUGACCUUGAACCUUGCUGCAAUUAGUGCCAACACGAUUGAAGGUGACAGCGUGGCAGCGCGUGUGCCAGGUGCCAGCUGCAUUCCAAGAAUGGCUAGCUCCAAGAGCUGCGUUCACAGCUCCUUUCCAACACAGUGGGUUGGGCAAGGAACCCCAGCUGGGAGUUCUGCAGGGCCCUGCAGUUCCCUGGCAGCACAUCCAUCUCCAGGGCCCUGCAGUUCCCUGGCAGCACAUCCGUCUCCUUGGAGCGCGGCAGUGGCACUGCCCACCGCGGAAAGCGUUGCCCGCGGAGCGAGGGGGAAGGUGACAGGAGGACUUGCAAACAUCUGGGCUCUUCAUUGGCUCCUUUGUUUUGUCUGGGCUCUUUAGUUCCUCCUCCUCCUCCUUUCUGCUCAAACGUAGACAUUGUAAAGCUGAGGUGUUUUACUCGGUUGCAUGCUGGCCAGCUGCCAUCCUCGAUGCCCGUCGCGAAGGUGUGUGAAGAGAGGUGUGUUGUUUUCUGGUAUCCUUUUGGUUUCAGUAGCACAUCAGCAUUGUACUAUACUUUAUUAUUUCUUGUUCAGUAAGUAGUCCUGGUAUCUCUAUGUUUCAUGUCUAAUUUUGGAGAGCAGGGCCAUACCUGUAUCGAGGCUCUCUCAAUUAGGUGGGCAUUUUGUUUGUUUAGUAGAAAUAAUGCAUGAUUCUUUUCGCGGUGAUGGUUCGAGGGACAAAGAAAUUCUUAAUUUUGUAAUAUGUAUUACAAUCUUCUGAACACAAGUAAAAAUGUACUGUGAUUUAUUUAUAUAAAUCUAGUCUGAACAAAUAAGUUUUGAUCUUAAUAAAAACUGUAAGAAAUUGUGCAAUUGUAA